AGGUUUCUGUAUGGGGAAAUUCACCUUCCUGAAGGACCCGUGGAACUGGCUGGACUUCAUGGUCAUCAGCAUGGCGUACCUCACUGAGUUCGUGGAUCUGGGAAACGUAUCUGUGCUGAGGACAUUCAGAGUCCUCCGAGCACUGAAGACCAUCACCGUGAUCCCCGGUCUGAAGACCAUAGUGGGAGCUCUGAUGCAGUCGGUGAAGAAGCUGGGUGACGUGAUGAUCCUGACGGUGUUCUGCCUCAGCGUCUUCGCUCUGAUUGGUCUGCAGCUCUUCAUGGGAAACCUGCGGCAGAAGUGUGUCCUGAUCCCCCCCCAGUUCAUCAACCAUACGUCUGACAUCGGACAGGGUUACGAUGUCAAUGACACUAACGUCAACAAUACAGGAAGUGGCUUUGAUUACCAUGAGUACAUCAACAACCCAGACAACUACUACUUCCAGUCGGGUCAGCUGGAUGCCCUGCUGUGUGGAAACAGCUCCGAUGCCGGGGUCUGUCCAGAGGGCUACGUGUGUCUGAAGGCUGGCAAGAACCCUAACUAUGGAUACACCAGCUACGACUCGUUCGGAUGGGCCUUCCUGACUCUCUUCAGACUGAUGACUCAGGACUUCUGGGAAAACCUCUUCCAGCUGACCCUGAGGGCAGCAGGGAAGACCUACAUGGUGUUUUUUGUGGUGGUGAUCUUCCUGGGCUCCUUCUACCUGAUAAACCUGAUCCUGGCCGUGGUGGCGAUGGCGUACGCUGAGCAGAACGAGGCGACGCGGGCCGAGAACCAGAAGAAGGAGGAUGAGUACCAACAGAUCCUGGACCUGCUGAGGACCAGGGAGGAGGAGCAGGCAGCCUGCAGGGCAGCGCUCUCAGAGAAACAGGAUUCAGAGAAGAACUCAUCAGAGAUAAAGAGCCAUGAAGAAGAACACAAUGUCAUGGAAGACUUCGCUGAGGACCAGAGGCCAUGUCCACCAUCUUGGUACGUCUUCUCCGACGUCUUCCUGAAGUGGAACUGCUGUAGCUGCUGGCGGUGGCUCAAGCUGUGGCUCUACACCAUCGUCAUGGACCCGUUUGUGGACCUCGGGAUCACCAUCUGCAUCGUCCUCAACACCGUCUUCAUGGCCAUGGAGCAUUACCCCAUGACGGAGGAGUUUGAGGAGCUGCUGAGCAUUGGGAACCUGGUAUUCACAGGGAUCUUCACGGCGGAGAUGGUGCUAAAGCUUCUGGCCAUGGACCCCUACUACUACUUCCAGGUGGGCUGGAACAUUUUCGACAGCAUCAUCGUCACCAUGAGUCUGGUGGAGCUCGGACUGGCCGACGUCCAGGGACUGUCUGUACUGCGCUCCUUCAGACUGAUGCGGGUCUUUAAGCUGGCUAAGUCAUGGCCCACACUGAACAUGCUGAUAAAGAUCAUUGGUAACUCUGUGGGGGCUCUGGGGAACCUGACGCUGGUCCUGGCCAUCAUUGUCUUCAUUUUUGCGGUGGUUGGGAUGCAGCUGUUUGGGAAGAACUACAAAGAGUGCGUCUGCCGUAUAGACAAGGACUGUGAACUCCCCCGAUGGCACAUGACGGACUUCUUCCACGCCUUCCUCAUCAUCUUCAGGGUCCUGUGUGGGGAGUGGAUCGAGACCAUGUGGGACUGCAUGGAGGUCGCAGAUCAGACCAUGUGUCUCAUCGUCUUCAUGAUGGUGAUGGUCAUCGGAAACCUGGUGGUCCUGAAUCUGUUCCUGGCCUUGUUGCUGAGCUCUUUCAGCGGGGAUAAUCUGGCGGCCCCAGAGGAGGAAGGAGAAAAUAACUUGCAGAUCUCCAUAAACCGGAUAAACAGGGCUGUGUCCUGGCUGAAGACGUGGGCCUUGGAACAGAUCUGGACUUUAAUGGGAAAGAAGAACCACGUGAUCCCAGACCUCAGUGUGAGGGAUGAAGAGGAGGACCAGCAGACAAAGGACUCCUUGGAUCUGACCUUCAUCAACUCUGAACCCCUCGGCUGUAACCGUGGCAACCUGACCAGCAACUACCACAGCCUCCCGUUGCUAAGGGUCCCCAUCGCCGAGGCCGAGUCAGACCUCGAGUCGCGGGACAACGACGACGAAGAGGAGGACGAAGAGGAGGACGAAGAGGACGACGAAGAGGACGACGAAGCGGACGACGAAGAGGAGGGCGAAGAGGACGACAAAGAGGGCUCCCAGGGUGACGAGUCGUCGGUGUGCAGCACAGUGCAGAGACUCCCUGAUGUUCAGGAGGAAGAGGAGGAAGAAGAGCAUGAUGAAAACACACCUGAGGACUGCUUCACUGACAAGUGUUAUGGCCGCUGUCCGUUCCUGGACAUAGACACAUCCGCGGGUCGAGGGAGGGUCUGGGCUGACGUCAGGAGAACCUGCUUCUUCAUCGUGGAGCACAACUACUUCGAGACGUUCAUCAUCUUCAUGAUCCUGAUGAGCAGCGGGGCUCUGGCGUUCGAGGACAUCUACCUGGAGCAGCGGCAGGUCAUCAAGAUGGUCCUGGAGUACGCAGACCAGGUCUUCACCUACGUCUUCGUGGUAGAGAUGCUCCUCAAGUGGGUCGCCUACGGAUUCAAGACCUACUUCACCAACGCCUGGUGCUGGCUGGACUUCCUCAUCGUGGACGUGUCUCUGGUGUCUCUGACCGCCAACAUCCUGGGAUACUCGGAUCUCGGAGCCAUAAAGUCUCUGAGGACGCUGAGGGCCCUGAGACCCCUGAGGGCCCUGUCCCGCUUCGAGGGCAUGAGGGUGGUGGUGAACGCUCUGGUCGGGGCAAUCCCCUCCAUCUUCAACGUGCUGCUCGUGUGUCUGAUCUUCUGGCUGAUCUUCAGCAUCAUGGGGGUCAACCUGUUCGCAGGGAAGUUCUAUUACUGUUUCAACGAGACGUCUGAGGAGAAAUUCCUGCCGGAGGAUGUUAACAACCGCAGCGAGUGUCUGUCUCUGAUGGAGGCCGGCAGCCAGGUGCGCUGGAAGAACGUCAUGGUGAACUACGACAACGUGGGGAUGGGAUACCUGUCGCUGCUGCAGGUGGCCACCUUUAAAGGCUGGAUGGACAUCAUGUAUGCAGCGGUGGAUUCCAGAGAUGUCGAGUCCCAGCCGAAGUACGAGGAAAAUCUGUACAUGUACAUUUACUUCGUCAUCUUCAUCAUCUUUGGCUCGUUCUUCACUCUCAACCUCUUCAUCGGAGUCAUCAUCGACAACUUCAACCAGCAGAAAUCUAAGAUGGGUGGGACAGACCUUUUCAUGACGGAGGAACAGAAGAAGUAUUACAAUGCGAUGAAGAAGCUGGGCUCCAAGAAGCCUCAGAAGCCCGUCCCCCGCCCGGAGAACAAGUUUCAGGCGCUGGUGUUUGACCUGGUGACCACGCAGUUCUUCGACAUCUUCAUCAUGGUGCUGAUCUGCCUCAACAUGGUGACGAUGAUGGUGGAGACAGACGAGCAGAGCGAGGACAAGGAAGUCAUCCUGUACUGGGUCAACCUGACCUUCAUCAUCGUCUUCACCGGGGAGUGCAGUCUGAAGUUGGUGGCGCUGCGGCAUCACUACUUCUCCGUGGGCUGGAACAUCUUCGACUUUGUGGUCGUCAUCCUGUCCAUCGUAGGCCUCCUCCUCGCUGACAUCAUAGAAAAAUAUUUUGUUUCGCCCACACUCUUCCGAGUGAUCCGAUUGGCUCGUAUCGGCCGAGUGCUCCGUCUGAUUCGUGGAGCAAAAGGGAUCCGGACGCUGCUGUUUGCCCUGAUGAUGUCACUUCCUGCCCU